GAGUUUCAUUCGGAGGAUAUUGGUUGAAAAAAUCCACAAAACAGAGGACGACGACGAACAGGACUUAAUCCGAACACAAAGAAACGCCGAACACGACAGAGAUAAACAUAAACAGAAGAAACACGAGAGAAAAAAGAAAAGAUUAAGAUGAAUGCUUAAUGAACUGGAGUCUAAAUGGCAAACCCUAGAAGAAGUUCAUAUUCACUCAACAUAACCACCAACAACCAGAGCUCAGGCUCAGCAGAAAACCCACUUCAGUUUCAUGGCCAAAGCAGUACCAGCAGCAGCUUUUCACUUUCCUAUCUCUCUCUCCUUCACUUUCUCAAAAAGCCCCACGCCUUCCCUUUUCUCCUCUCAGUCUUCCUUCUCCUCACUUGGGUUUCUCUCAGAAUCCAACGCUUUUCACGCUCCUCCGCCGAAAAUUCUCCUCGCUUCCGACACCCAUGGACCCACUUCGACGAUUCCCAGGUCAAUCUCCGCCGAUUCCCUUCUGGGUUUCCUUCCCCGAUUGCCAAUGAUAAAAGGGGUUGGUUGAUCAACCCCGUUUCUCUUGCCCUUGAUUCUGGCGUUUCGGGUGGAGCUGUAACUUGUGUUUCGGUUCACGUUGUCGAGAUACGACCCGGUGCCAUACGCGGAAAUCACAGACACUACUCCUGUAAUGAAACAUUUGUCAUAUGGGGAGCUAAAACAAAAUUUAGGCUGGAAAACAGUCGGGUAGACAAGGGUUACGCUGAAGUGAUAAUUGGAGCGGAUGAGGUUGCUGUUGCAACGAGUCCGAGUGGAACCGCUCACGUUAUAGUUAACAUGGAUCCCUUGCGGAGUACAUUCCUAUUAGGAUGCCAAGACAGCAUUGUAAACUAUAACAACUCAACUGAUUAUAAUGUUUGGAAAGAUCUUUGAAGUUUUUCCCCCUGCUUGAUUGGCCAGUACUCCAAUCCGGUGACUUGGAGUCUAGCCGUCCGGGAUGCCUAUAAAAGUUGUGUGUAUGCCCUCUUUUCUUGUCCUAAUUUAUUCGUGUUGAACACAAUUUCAUCUGUUUAACUAUCUGAUUUCGAUGAGGUCAACUGUUUCUAAGAGUUUGCUCUU